AUGGCCUGCCCACCACCACCAGUUCCUAAGUCUGCAACCCUUAAGUCUCACAAGUCAUCAGCUGGGAACACCUCUCUCUAUGGGGACACAGAAGUCUUUGAGUGCUUGCCACACCAUGCCAUGUUUGGAAAUGACACAAUUACGUGCACAGCCCAUGGAAACUGGACUAAAUUGCCAGAAUGUAAGGAAGUAAAAUGCCCCUUCCCCUCGAGGCCAGACAAUGGGUUCGUGAAUUAUCCUGCAAAGCAGGUGCUUUUUUAUAAGGAUAAAGCCACAUUUGGUUGCCAUGAUACAUAUUCACUGGAUGGCCCAGAAGAAGUGGAGUGCACCAAGAUGGGAAAUUGGUCUGCUCUGCCAAGCUGUAAAGCAUCUUGCAAAAUAUCUAUUAAGAAAGCCACAGUGUUGUAUCAAGGAGUGAGAGUGAAGCUCCAGGAACACUUUAAGAACGGAAUGACGCAUGGUGACAAGGUUUCUUUCUUCUGCAAAAAUAAGGAGAAGAAAUGUAGCUACACCGAGGAGGCAAACUGCAUUGAUGGCACCCUUGAAGUCCCCAAAUGUUUCAAGGAGCACAGUUCUCUAGCUUUCUGGAAAACGGAUGCUUGGGAUGUGAAGCCAUGCUGA